ACGGAGACGAUCACCACCUUCUUGUCAGUCUCCGAAAAACUAAAAAAAAAAAAGCAAGGAUGUCAACAGAAGGCAACCUCUUUCAGACAAUCGAGAUCACCAGUGCUGUUUGGCGGCGAUUGCUGUACCAAUCGCACUACUUGAAGCUGAUUGUAACGGGGAAGCUGGUUAACGAUGAACCGGACCACUCGUCCGAAACCGUCGGAAUCGGACGACGAGAUCGGCGACGCCCGGACGGAAGAGACCGGUAGCUUCGAUCAUGCCUUCGCGUUAACUCGCCACGGGAUGCGGCUGCUGGGCUUCUGGCCGCGGGACACGCAUCUUCUCAGCAAUUUACGGUGCGGCGCGAUCUGCGCGCUGAUCGGCUUCAUCUCGUUUCCCGGAGUCGUGCGAACGUACACCGUGAUAGACACGGUGACGGAUUGGAGCCUGGUGAUGCACCAGGCCAUCGAGGUGGUCCCGAUGAUCCCGCUUCUGGCGAGGUUUGUCUUCAUGAAGGUGAUGGCCAAGAACUUCCAACACAUUCUUCACACGAUAACCACUGACUGGGCGGACUUUCGCUACAUGACGAAGCGGGCCCGACGGAUUAUGGCUUACUACGCUCGAAGAGGCAGGCGAUUCUGCAUACUUAGCACUACGCUCUUGACAAUAUCGAUAAUAGGAUUCAUGUUAACGCCGGUCGUGAGGAUGUGGCAUAGUGAUAGUCUGUGGAACACGACGACCAGAGUCCUGCUUCACGAAGGGCUCUACUUCCGCAACAAGGAGUCACCCGUGUUCGAGAUACUCUACGUCACGCAGGCGUUCGUAGCGUUCCUCGGCGCCACGGCAAUCGCCACCGUCGACUGUUUCCUGUACAUCAUCGUGUUCCACGUGUGCGGACAGUUUGACAUACUCGCUGCGAUCCUGAAGCGAUACGACGGCUCCGUCAGACAUCAUCCGUCAGACACGAAGGACCCCGUUGCGCGCAACUGCGCUUGCAUCUUUUGCAUCGUUCAGCGACACGUGCAUAUUUUAAAGUACGCGAGUAUUAUAGAAAAGUCCUUUCGCGACUUCCUUCUCUUACAAUUAUUGGGAUACUGGGUCAGCUUAGUUUUACAGGGACGCGAACUUAUUUUGGAAAAUCUCUUGUUCCAGUACGUUCGACACAGCAACAUCCAUGGCAGUGUUACGUGCAUCUUAUACGUGCUCACGAUUAUGUACUACAUUUUCAUAUAUUGCUACGUUAGCGAGUGCAUCAUCGAGAGGAGCGAAAAUAUUGCAACGAUAGCGCAUGACCUGGAAUGGCUAAGUUUCCCGCGGGAUACUAAUCUGCCUAUCAUAGUAGCACGCGCAAGAAUACCCUGCAAGCUUACCGCAGGAAGAUUUCUUACCUUAUCCUUCCACUGCUACCACAUGAUCCUAACGACGACGAUUUCGUACAUAUCCGUGCUCGCGGCAUUUAAAUAAGCGAACUUUCGUUAAUAAAACAACGCUUGCAGAAUUAUAAAGUCUUAUAUAAAUCACGCCGCGCGAUAUAUUAUACGAUAAUUCUGCGGAUGUUAUUACAAAGAUAUUUUAAAAAUGAACAAAAUAUAUAAUCUGAAAAAAAA